GAAUCUUCACCAUCGAAUUAUAAAUGCGAAAAAAACAUGUCGAAAAGCCACAAACAAGGAAAACAGAUCACUACAUCGGAGUCAGAAAGAGGCCAUGGGGAAAGUUCGCCGCAGAAAUAAGAGAUUCGACGAGGCAUGGGAUUAGGGUUUGGCUCGGAACAUUCGAUACUGCAGAAGAUGCACCCAUGGCCUACGACCAAGCCGCGGUCGCAAUGAGAGGUCCUUCAGUUGUAAUGAAUUUCCCAUUGGAAAAAGUGUUGGAAUCUCUUGCGCAGAUGAACUACAGCUGUAAGAAGGGCUCGUCGCCGGCGAAGGCCUUAAAGGAUUCCCAUAAAAUGAUAAGUAGAUCAACCAACAGAAGGAGACAAGAGGUUAUGGAAAUGGAUAAGGGUUUGGUAGUUCUUGAGGAAUUGGGAUCAGAUUUAUUGGAUGAGCUUUUGUCCAACACUUUGCCAAGUAAUUAAAAAUAAAUCAAACAAGUUUAUUUUUGUUCAUUUGAUUUCAUUUGUG